CGCUGGGCUGAUCAGAGAGAGGAGCCGUGUCUGCGUCAAGGCGCAAGCGUCAAGCCAAGGCGCAGCUCCUGUCUGUGUUCAUCCCAGCGCGGCUCUACUUGCCCGGAGCCCAUCCCUGUAGUUCGGUGGGCGUGGUGUGAAUUGGAAAACAAAGUGCAGAGACACCCUUCACUACUUCCUACAUCACCGGGAUCCGUUGAGUUCACCCGCCGCUCGCCGGCUCGAUGCUAGUUAACCGCCCAACACAGCCGCAUAAUAACUCCCGAGAAGAGAGGGACGAGAGAUCGGUGGAUGCGCUCCGAGUUCCGCGAACCGACUAGAGGUGGGAUUCAGUUCUGUGCGUUAUGGUGACAGAGCGUGACACCAAGGACGAAUAGCAGUCAGGCAGCAUCUCGUCCUCUCUCUCUCUCUCUCCCAGCCGGCCUUGCGCUAUAGACCAACGAGAUAAAUGGGCAGCAGACUGCACCAAACAGUGUCCGGCACCGAUAGCACCGUUUCACAUUGACUAACUGGACGGGACCCGUUAUGUACUGAAAGUAUAUUACACCACUAGCGGUUACGAGACUGGAACAGGAUUUUUGAAGAAGCGGUUGUUUGUUCAGCAUGAGCGGUGGAGGAGAAAUCAUCUUCCAAGGCUGGUUGAGAAAGUCUCCUCCAGAGAAGAAACUGAGGAGAUAUGCGUGGAAAAAACGUUGGUUCAUCCUGCGUAGUGGUCGUAUGUCUGGCGACCCUGAUGUCCUGGAGUACUAUAAGAACGACCGGUCUAAGAAGCCCAUCCGGAUCAUCGACCUGCACUGCUGUGAGCAGGUGGACGCCGGGCUGACCUUCAAGAGGAAGGAGUUUCAGGAUAGCUUCGUGUUCGACAUCAAGACGUCAGAGCGUACCUUUUACCUGGUGGCAGAGACCGAGGAGGAGAUGAACAAGUGGGUUCGCUCUAUCUGUCAGCUGUGUGGCUUCAACCAGUCAGAGCAGAAUAACCACGACGGCCGGUCCUCUACAGCUCAUAUGGGUCGUUCCCUGGCAGCAGACCUGUCCCUGACUCCACUGACCAGAGAGCGUAAGUCGUCCGCUCCAGUCCACUCUUCCCAGCCCGUCCUGUUCACCUUCGACGUCCCGGUCCGCCACGGUGGGUCGCACAGUCACCACGGUAACCACGGGGGCUCCCUGUCCAACAGCGCACCGCAGGACUACCUUCUAUUGCAUCAGUGCAUGAGCAGGAAGACUGAGAGCGCACGGUAAGGUGGUCAGAGUGUGGGUGUGGUACUUCCUGUCACUUACCCUCACCCCAUAAUGCAACAGGCUCAGUUCACUUCCUGGAUGUAACAGCAUAGCAGGCUAGCAGCUCUCUGGGGUGCCACUCUCAUAGAAAACAUCAUCCCUAGCUUGACCACUAGUCCACCCCUAAUGAUGUGAUUGACUCAAACAGGGAGACCCAUUCUAGUGGCUCUAUUUCUGUGGUCU